GGCUCUGAGCUGGGCGUUAUGGUGCUGCCCGACUCACUCCCGUGGGAAUAUGGAGCUGAGUGAGUCUCAGGCAAUAGUCCGUGCAGUGUGCCCAGUGCUGAAGACUAUGAACUGAGGCUGCACCACUAUGAAAUCCAAAUGGGGGAGGACAGGGCGAAGGAGAAAAAGGAAAGGGCUGCCUGGCACUAAAUCCUAUGCAGCCAAUCGGAGCCAUGAAUGGGAGUACAUCCAGCUGCGGAGAUGGCUGAAGGAGAGGGGGUUUCAGGGCAGGCACCUAAGAGCGGCUGAGUUCACAGACACCGGGCGAGGGUUAAUGGCUACCAGAGACUUGCAGCCAGGGGAACUGAUCAUCUCCCUGCCUGACAGCUGUCUGAUCACUACAGAGACUGUUCUACAGAGCUAUCUUGGGAAAUAUAUCCGGACAUGGAGCCCCCCUGUCUCCCCAUUGCUGGCCUUGUGCACGUUCCUGAUCGCAGAAAGGGUUGCCAGGGAGCGCUCCCCAUGGAAACCUUACCUGGAUGUGCUGCCCAGCAGCUACAGCUGCCCUGUUUAUUGGGAGUCGGAAAUUAUCAGUCUGCUGCCCGCGCCCCUCCGGCAAAAAGCUCUGGAGCAACAAACGGAGGUUAAAGAACUGCAUACGGAAUCCUGGUCUUUCUUUGUCUCCUUACAGCCCCUGUUUGGGGGCAAUAUAACUGACAUCUAUACGUAUGGGGCCCUGCGCUGGGCCUGGUGCACUGUCAAUACUAGGACUGUAUACAUGAAGCACCCCAGGCGGCACGGCCUCUCCGCACAGCAGGACGUCUAUGCCAUGGCGCCAUAUUUAGAUCUACUGAACCACAGCCCAGCGGUGCAGGUGGAGGCGGCAUUCAAUGAAGAGAGGCGCUGCUACGAGAUCCGGACCAACAGCGGCUGCCGGAAACACGACCAGGCAUUUAUAUGUUACGGGCCCCAUGAUAACCAGCGCCUCCUGUUGGAGUAUGGAUUCAUAGCGGCCAAUAAUCCGCACCGGAGCGUUUAUGUGACCAAAGAUGCCAUCGUUGGUUAUUUGCCUCCCGGGGACAAGCAGAUGCCAAAGAAAUGGGCUUUACUAGGGGAGAAUGACUUUCUGGGGAAUUUGACGUUCGGGUUGGACGGCCCAUCCUGGAAACUCCUGACUGCUGUGAAGCUGCUUUGCCUUAGGCCCGAAGAAUUCACGAGCUGGAAGAAGGUCAUUCUGGGAAGUUUUGUUUCCGAUGCCAACGAGCGGGAUUCCCUGGAACUUGUGAGGAAAAUCUGUUUCCACUUGUUGGAUGAAACCUCCUGUGCCCUUAAAGAGAUUUCCCUUGUGAGAAGCCAGAAGCUCCCCGACCCUGCGGCUGCCGCGCAUCACUUGGCCUUGGUGGAAGCUCUGAGACUGGAGGAGCUGGAGAUUCUUCAAAUGUCUGCAAAUCUACUACAGAAUGGACCCUCUGCCUGACCUGCAGGGGCUGCUGGGAACUGUAGUAUAAUGGGGGCAAAUGGGUUCUACAUUCCUGGUUUGAUUGAUGGGAGGCAGAACGGAAACAGUAGCCAAGAAAAGUGCAAAUAAAAGAAAGAGACCAAGUUGCACCUGGUUUGGAACUGGCAUUCUGUCACAAAUCCCUGUACAAUUCAGCAUUUUCCAUCAUCAAACAAAAUGUGUAUCUGUGUGCAACUAUAACCCUCACCUACGCUCGCUCCCAUAAAGCCAGCUGGGUGGGUCCAACUGCCCUACUGCCACAUGGGGAAAUGGAAUUCUCAGUGCUGAAGAAAGAAAUGGAAAAGAAUAUUUUCAUUAAAUAUUUUAAUUAAU